CCGGUUUCACUCUGGACCUCAGCGCGCGCGAACUCGGGAAAAAUAUAUCGAGACUUUUCUCUGUCAUCCAGUACUGUUUAAUCCUGUUCAAAGUGUGGUUUGGAAUGAUCACUGGACGCUUAUUCCGUUCAUGGCCUUAAUAUUGGCUUUAGUAGCACUUUAAAGAGAAAGAAGAUCACCUGUAACAGUUGACCAAUGACACCUGUUGUCUCUUCAGCGCUCGCUUUAAGAGAAACUGCUGUAAACAAACCACGGGGAUAUUUGAACGUUUGAUGACGCAGUUAAGAUGAAAGUUACUGUAAGUUUCGGGGAAACGAGGAUUGUCGUCCCGUGUAAAGACGACUGGAUGGUACGGGAUUUGAUCGAUCAAGCCACUCAAAGAUACAAGAAGAUUAUUGAACAGGAUGGGGAAUUCCUGGUGCGGACGCACCAUGUGGAGUAUGUUGACGGGGGGAUCCUGGACCCAGAUGACAUGCUGACAGACCUGGUGGAGGACAAAGACAAGCUGAAGGCUGUGUAUGAGAAGAUGGAGCUCCAGCAGAGGGCGAUGUUGAGUCCCGGAGGGAGUGUGGCGUCCGGUCGCUCCAGCCCUGACCCCUCUGAACCUGAGCUCAGCGUCCUGCAGCCCUACCUGGGCAGUGAGAUAGAGGUUACCCCCUCCACCCUCAAAUCAACCACUCCUCUAUCCGUGCGAAGCAGCAGUGACCCCGCCCUCGCCCCGCCCCUGGAAGUCAUUUCACUGGACCCUGAGGACACCAGCAGACCCCAGUCCACUGGUGUUGGUCAUGCAACCACUAUGAAGGGAGGAGCCAUGGACAAACCCAAGGUGGACGUCCCAAACUCCUGGACUGGACAAGUCAACUUAAGCAGUCUAACACGGAUGGUGGAUAUUUCUGGAGACCUCGGGCCUCUGGGCAUCAAAGUCAUAUCAUACUGCUCCUCACUGAGUGGAAGGACUCUGGGUCUAAAUAUCCCAGCCAUCGAGAAGAACAGCCGCUCUGAACAAGAGGGGAUCUUUGAAGAGGACGAGUGCAUCGUGCAGAUCAAUGACACCGAGUUAAUAGACAAGUCCUUUGCUCAGUCUCAAGAGGUGUUUCGCCAAGCCAUGUCUUUACCCACCAUGCGUUUGGAGGUGCUUCCUGUCGCCAACAGGCUCCGGUAUGAGAAGAGCCUCAUUGGGCAGCUUUUCAACAACACUGAACCAAACCCUGUGGUCCCUAAAGUCAAGAGUCCUUUCUUAGUUCAUAAACUCAAAAGCAAUACAUCUACGCCAUCUCCAGAGCCUCCUGCCUCACAAACCCCGCCCCAAAAGGAGGAGGAGAUUCAGCCUGCAAGACACACCCCCAUUGAAACAGAUCAUCGCAGAGCCACGCCUUCUCCUCCGGUCAGCACGUCACCAACCCUGAAAGAUCGCAGCGAGAGCCCCGCCCCCAAAAAGACCCCCGCCCUUGCCACACUAGUUAAUAUGAUCAACAAAAAGCCUGGGAAGAAAAUGAAGAUCGAUUUGAAGAAAGGUACGGAGGGCCUUGGAUUCACCGUGGUAACCAGAGACUCGUCCCUUCAUGGUCCAGGACCCAUUAUGGUCAAGAGCAUCCUGCCCCGCGGAGCUGCUGUUAAAGACGGACGGCUCAAGUCUGGAGACCGUAUCCUGGAGGUAAAUGGAGUGGACAUCACAGGACGCACACAAGAGGAACUGGUGGCUAUGCUGCGGAGCACCAAACUGGGAGAAACCGUGUCUCUGGUAGUCGGAAGACAAGAGGAGUUUUUGCCCAGAGAACUGAAAGGAGAGCCAUCGGGUCCGCUUCUGUCUGAGGAUGGGCGAGAGCAGCUGAUGUUUGAAGUUCCUUUGAAUGACUCCGGCUCAGCUGGUCUAGGGGUCAGUCUGAAGGGUAAUAAGUCUCGAGAGACUGGAGAAGACCUGGGCAUCUUCAUCAAGUCCAUCAUCCACGGCGGCGCCGCACACAAGGACGGUCGCUUGCGUAUCAAUGACCAACUGAUAGCUGUUAAUAGCGAAUCUCUGCUCGGACGCUCCAACCAUGAUGCCAUGGAAACCCUGCGCCGCUCCAUGUCGACUGAAGGGAACCUCAGAGGAACCAUCCAGUUGGUGGUUCUGCGUGCUCUGGAGCACUCACCUGUACAGGAAAAUCAAGAAAGCAGUCAAACUGCCACCAGAAACGACUCUCCUGUUCAUCAUCUUCCUAACAGCAACCACACCAACAGUUCCGUACCAUCCACAGCAAGCAGUCGUAUGUACGAGCCUUCUUCUGCUCUGCACGGAUCCCAUGGCGGACGACAGGAACUUCCGGAGGAAGAUUACGAUGAAGACGGUUUCCCCCCUCCACCUUCUGAUCUGGACCUGCUGGAAACAAACCCUCCGCACAAACACCAACAAGAUCGGGCUGAAAUGGAGCCUGUUUCAUAUAUGAUCCACCCCACCAACCAACAAAACCCUCAACGACAGAACGUCCCAGAUUACCUCACCAACAAGUCCUCCAAGAGCAUGGAUUUAGUGGCGGAUGAGAGUAAUGUGGCCUCCAUUCAAGGACAGAGAUCUGAACCCCUCUCUUCUUACGGGACGGCGCUGGGACCCAGGUUAGGUCUGCAGAAGUCCAGUUCUCUGGAGAGUCUCCAGACAGCGAUGGAGGAGGUCAGUAAGGACGAGGUGCCCUUCCAUCGUCCACGCGCACACAUGGUGAGGGGCCGAGGCUGCAACCUCAGCUUCCGCUACGCCAUCGACAAGUCCUACGAAAGGCCUUCUGAACCUGAGGAUGAUGACUCUGAGGAAGACUCCGGAAGAGACACGCCUGCCAGCAGCUCCUCUCGACAGGAAGUAGAUGAUGACAAGAAGGUAAAGAAAAAGAAAACCAAAAAGAAGAAAGAGAAAAAGAGCAAAAAGAAGGACGAGCCUGAAGACCCUGAGAAAAAGACAAAGAAAAAAGGAUUUGGAUUGUUGAGGUUUGGGAGAAAAAACAAAUCCAAGGCUAAAGAACUGGGAGCUUUGAGCGAAGAGGAGGUGGACAAGAGUGAACCUGAGAUGUUUCUGUCAAAGAGUGAAAGGAACAGCCCUGCUCUUGACCGCGCCAUCUUCCCGGACGUCGAAGACGAUGACCUGGAUCCCAACUAUGCUCGCAUCAACAAUUUCAGAGAACCUCCCGCCUCCAGCCACUCCCCCUAUCCACCUGGAACUCCCACCCAUAACUACAGUCAGCCUACUCUCCCCGCCCCCAACAGGGAGCCACCCAAUGAGGACGCGCUAGAGGGGCUUUAUGCAAAAGUGAACAAGCAAAGAACCGCUCCUCCAAAGACUGACAGUAAUGAAGAACGAUUGCAGCAAAUCAGGAAUCAGCUUCAGCAGGUGAGACCAGCUCCAUCCUACGACGACCUGACAGCCCGAAGACGACCGGAGUACGACCCUUCACGAAUCAGAGGGCCUGAUCCACGAAUAGCUCCGAGAUACAACGACACCGAUCGACUAUAUGCCUCCGUGCCCAGGAGGAUGCCCAUGGAGGACUACCCGAACCAGAACUGGGCCAACCAUAGAGACCCUGUCCACUACCCCAACCCCAUCUACGAGACCCAUCAAGACAACUAUCCUCCACACUCUCCCCGGUUGCCUGUACCCAGGCCCGCGGAGGCCACGGGUGGUUACUACCCCACAUCUCCAGCCCAACAGAGGGGUCCCAUGAGGCAGGAUGUCCCUCCCUCUUUGAACCCAGGUGCCAAAGCCCCACCGCAAUACGAAACGCUAAAACAAGGGAACUAUCGGGCGGCCAGUCCUGAUCGUUACGGGCCAUACGGAGAUGAACAAUACCAAGAUCCCCGGCAGAAAAAACCAAUGAUUGGAGCCGUCUAGAGGAGGAGGAAGUAGGUUUGUACUGAAAAAGUUAAGUGAUUAUAUAAUUUUGUCCAUUUAAAAAGACAUUAAAGGAACAAUCUAAUUAGUUUUCUUAGACUUAUGAGAAAAAAAAGGCAAAUACAGUUGGCUUGACAUAGCCAUUGAUUACUCCAUAGUGAACUAUUUAAGUAAAAUUUGUUUUUUGUUUUGGACGUCAGCAUUUUUUCCUCUUAAUUAGUAUCAGUUCUGAACAGCAAAUCAGUUUUACGCCAGAGUCGGUUAAGUUUGAAGGAAGCACAUAGGGUUUGUAUAUAUGUACGUUUUGCAUGAAUUUAAUUCAUGAUGCCACACAAAUGUGUAUAUGAUGGUCUGCCGUGGUAAGUAUGGCCAUUUCAUCCCCUCAUGAUUAUAUAUUGUUUUGCUGAUGACAUGAUUGGUAGUCGCUUAUUAUCCUAAAAUGUCAGAUUUUCUCAGAGCAUUGUUUGUUUAUAUAUUGGGUGCCUUAUGCUCGUUUGGGUGCGAAGUUUUUAAAUGUGAAGAAAUUCACCAUCAGUUUAC